AUGUACAAAGGGAUUGACAACCUGAAAUCCCUUUACGACCGUGCCGGGAAGACUUUCUCCGGCGGUCCUUCUGCGGCACAGUAUGUGCCGCGUCGUACUGCUCAACCAGACCCAGUACGUCAACCAUCAGUUGGGAGCGGGGCUCCCAAGAAUCCCAGGACGGGGGAUAGCCGCGCCACUGGACGAGAUAACUCGUCCGACGUCCGUACACGUCGCGGUGGUUCAACAGCCGCUCAAUCAGAUAGCGCUGGACACCGCGAGAGUCCUCUAAUGGAGGUGGAGGAGGAGGGAAAACGCUCUCCACACAAUCGUGGGGAUCCGUGUGUUCCGAGAGCUUCUUUGAUCGCGUAA